AUGAGCGAGCAGCGGGGACGCCCCGAGGCAGUGCCGGCGGAAGUGCGGGCUCGCGCCGGAAGCAGCGCGGGAAAUGGAGCCGUGUCUCUGGUGCGCACCAUCGAGCCGCGCCUUGCCACACCUGUGCACACGACUGCAAUACGGCACCUGAGCUUCCAGCAGCCAAUAUACCACUCUAGAUACCAGACUGUCAACACCGAUGUGUUGAUGCAUCUGUGCCGAGAUUACCGCGAGCCCUUCAGCCCCGGGAUAGGCUCGCCUGCAUCGACGUCCCGCGGGAACUCCACCUCGUCCCGGAUAUCAGAGAGAUACACGCCCCGGCACACACUUGCAGCAGGAGGAGACAUGCUGUGGCCGGUGCUGGUGCUGUGCGCGGCGGCGGUGCUGGUGACGUCACGGCCCUCCUACCAGACCUCGCUGGAGGCGGCGUGGGGCGGGGACGGCGCGCCCGACCUGCCACCCCCAGGCUGGCUCGACGAGAACCCCGCCGAAGCAGACAUGGAGGAGCCCAGUAAGCGUGCACUGUCCAUGCUGGCACGCUGGCGGCCCUUCACUGCCUUCGUGAGCCGCUACGUGCGGCCUCGCAGCCCAGCGCCCUAUGACACCGACUUUGUGUCGGCCGAGACGCGUGGUGCCAUCAGGCCGUAUGGCCAGCCGCUGCGCUGGGGCCGGCGCUAAAGCGACCACGCUCUGCUACCACUUGGUUACCUAGCAUCCUCGAGCAUCGCCGCGUGUCGCUGAGUCAUCGCACCGGAACCUGUGAUCCAGCACUCGUGUCGGAGAAGUCCUCGUUCGACGACUGCAUGUUGUGGGUGCCACUGU